CAAAGAGAUUAAAAAUCAAAGUCUCAACUUCGUCUCUUUUUAUUUAUUUAUUUAUUUUCUUAUAAAUUAAAAAAUGGGAAAAUCGAUUCCAAUCAAAACAGGGCUAAGAGGAGCGUCAGCUGCAGCAGCUGGGUUCAUCAAAUCCUCAAAACCGAUCCGACCCGUUUCCUCCAUGAACAGUCCCGGUAAAGAUUCCUCCUCCCCCACCGCUACUGCCACCACCAGCGAUAGUAGUAGCCGACGCUUUGUCCCGCUUUCUACGGUGGUCUCUGACUGUGCGAAGCGGUGGUUCAAAGACACACUUGAGGAAGCUAAAGCUGGGAACAUAACUAUGCAGGUUGUAUUGGGUCAGAUGUAUUACUCUGGUUAUGGAGUCCCUAAAGAUGCUAAAAAGGGGAGACUUUGGAUUACGAAAGCAUCAAAAGUUCGUUCUUCAGUGUGGAAAGUGAAAGAUAAACGACCAGGUUACAACGCAAGUGAUUCUGAUUCAGAGUCUGAUUAGUAUAAUCCUGAUCGAAAGAGCUUGUUUUUUGUUCUGUUUUGUCUCAGUCUUGGAUGUUCCAAGUUCCAGCAAUGAAUAUAUAUAUUAUGUAUCAGUGCAAAUCAUUUUGUAGCUCUAUUUCUCAGAUUUUUGUUUUCUUUUGUCUCUUGGUGGAAAAGCCUUUGCUGAUAUUGUAUGAUUCUAGCAAUGAAAAGGGGGUUUUAGGUAUUGU